AUGCCCGCAGACAUCAGCUUCACCGAGAGACUGAGCAACAUUGUGUCUCUGGCGAAUGCCUUCAUUUCAGCAGGAAACGAUGGAGACAUAGCUCGCAACAAGGCCAGAGAUCUCGAAGGGGAACUCCUGCAGUCAGCUUCUUCUCCAGAAGAAUACCAAAGACAGCUGCAAAAGGCUCUAAAAGCCACCCAAGCGCAAAAUGCAGCGCCAGCGGACGAAACCGAGCUCCCCCAAGAGCAAGAGAUAUUGAACCUCGAAGGCCCCAGCUUCGGUGCUUAUAAAUAUGCAACUUACCAUACAGACGGGCAAAUGUCGACCAUUUUCAAAGCGCAGGCAAAGGACGAGAACGCUCCUGUUCGAAUUGUGGCCCUCAAAGUCACCCAUCCGGGAAUGAUGACUCCGCCCCAUAACUCGGAACGAGAGGCUAGGCUGCUUGUCAAGGCGCGCCAUGAGCAUGUGGUGCCUCUUCUAGACACCAUUCACGAAUCGGGAGGAAGACUCGUCCUCGUCUUCCCUUUCCUCAGGCAAGACCUGGAGAAUCUUCUCAGAUCGGACCGGCUGGACCGACAGCAGAGCAGCAUGGUGUUCGACGGACUCUUCCAGGCCUUGGAACAUAUUCAUGCCUUAGGCAUGAUCCAUAGAGACGUCAAGCCAUCCAACAUCCUACUAAAAACCAUGAGCGGGCCUGUCUAUCUGAUAGACUUCGGUAUCGCAUGGUCUCCAGACGAUAAGGACUCCGAGCCUGCGGAUACCAAGAUCACUGACGUCGGUACGACUUGCUAUCGUCCACCAGAGAUCCUAUUUGGAGAUCGGUCGUACGACACCUCGUUGGAUAUGUGGGCAGCGGGUUGUGUUGUUGCGGAAAUGGUCAGGGACGGCCACCAUCCACUAUUCGAUGCCGGUCCAUUGGGAAGCGAGUUAAGCCUGAUCAAGUCCAUGUUUACAACACUUGGGACGCCGGACGUGGACAGUUGGCCCUCUGCAGAAGCAUGUCGUGACUGGGGAAAGAUGCGAUUUCAGAAGUUUCCAGCAAAACCAUGGAAGGAAAUUCUUCCUGGGGCUUCUGUAGCCGCCAUUGACUUUGUCUCCAAAACUGUCUUCUAUGAAAAGACAAGGAGAUUGACUGCAAAAGAAGCUCUGCGGCAUGACCUAAAAUCGGUUAUUGGGGGAUGA